CGGACUUUUGUGCGGACCCGGGAGUGGUCGCUAGCAGCAUGAGCGGGAAGAAGAGCGUCGUCAAGAACCGCGCGCCGGCGCCGAUCCAGAUCACGGCCGAGCAGAUCCUGCGCGAGGCCCAAGAGCGCAAGGAGGCGCCCGGUCGGAUCGGCCGGCGGAAGAUCGAGGACGAAGAGGAGCUCGAUGAGUACCGCAUGAGCAAGCGCAAGACGUUUGAAGACACGAUUCGCCGCCAGCGCGAGCACAUGGGCAACUGGAUCAAGUACGCGCAGUGGGAAGAGUCGCAGCGCGAGUUUGAGCGGGCGCGGUCGAUCUACGAGCGCGCGCUGGACGUCGACUACAAGAACCACUCGCUCUGGCUCAAGUACGCCGAGAUGGAGAUGAAGAACAAGUUUGUGAACCACGCGCGCAACAUCUGGGACCGCGCCGUGACCUUGCAUCCGCGCGUGGCCCAGUUCUGGUACAAGUACGCCUUCAUGGAAGAGAUGAUUGGCAACUUGGACGCGGCCCGCGCGAUCUUUGAGCGCUGGAUGGAGUGGAUGCCGGACGACCAGGCGUGGUACAGCUACAUCAAGCUCGAGACGCGUGCGAACGAGCGGGCGCGCGCCCGCGCCAUCUACGAGCGCUACCUCAUGUGCCACAUCGCCGAGCGCGCGUACCUCAAGUUUGCCAUGUGGGAAGAAAAAGGCAAGGACCUUGCGCGCGCCCGCGCCAUCUACGAACGCGCGCUUGUCGAGCUCCGCGACGACGAGCGCUCCGAGAAGGUGUACAUCGCCUUCGCCGCCUUUGAAGAGCGCUGCAAGGAAAUGGAGCGCGCCCGCGCGAUCUUCAAGUACGCGCUCGACAAGCUCGAGAAAGACGACGCCGUCGGGCUCUACAAUGCGUUCAUCAGCUUUGAGAAGCAGCACGGCGACCGCAAGCGCAUCGACGACGUCGUCGUCGCCAAGCGCCGCGUGCACUACGAGACGCAGAUCGCUGCCAACCCGCUCGACUACGACGCGUGGUUCGAGUACGCAACGCUCGAAGAGAACGAAGGCACGGAAGGCACGGUGCGCGAGGUGUACGAGCGCGCGAUCGCCAACGUGCCGCCGAUCGCGGAGAAGGUCUACUGGCGGCGGUACAUCUUCCUCUGGAUCAAGUACGCAGUGUACAUGGAGCUCGUCGCCGACUCGAAGGACGAGGCGCGCCAGGUGUACGAGCAGUGCCUUGCGUUGUUGCCGCAUGCGACCUUUACCUUCUCCAAGAUGUGGGUUUUGUUUGCCAAGUUUUACCUCCGCCAACGCGACGUGAGCGGUUGCCGCCGCGUCCUCGGCGAGGCCCUUGGCCGGUGCCCGACGCCCAAGCUCUACCGGAGCUACAUUGGCCUCGAAUGGAUGAUGGGCGAGGUCGACCGGUGUCGCAUUUUGUACGAAAAGUGGCUCCUCCACGCGCCGCACAACUGCGUCGCGUGGAAGGCGUUCGCCGACAUGGAGAAGACUGUCGGCGAAGUGAGCCGCGCCCGUGCGAUUUACGAGCUCGCAGUCAACCAGACGCUGCUGGACAAGCCCGAGAUGAUCUGGAAGGCGUUCAUCGACUUUGAGACGGAACUGAGCGAGUUGGACAAGACGCGCGAGCUCUACGAGCGCCUCCUCGAACGCACCAAGCACGUCAAGGUCUGGAUCAGCUUUGCGCAGUUUGAAGCGACCCAAGAUGUGGAGAUGGCGCGGGAUGUCUACCAGCGCGCGUACAACAACCUCAAGGAGGACGAGAAGAACGAAGAGCGCGUCACGCUCCUCGAUGCGUGGCUCGAGAUGGAAGACGCGAGCGGGACGACUGCGACCGCCCAAGCCGUCCGGAAGAAGAUGCCGCGCCGCGUCCAGAAGCAGCGCAUGGCGUACGCCGACGACGGCUCGGAGCUCGGCCUCGAAGAGUACACGGAUUACCUCUUCCCCGACGACGAGAAGGCGCAGUCCAACCUCAAGCUCCUCCAGGCCGCGCAAGCAUGGAGCCUCAAGCGUGCGCGUGCCGACGCAUAAAGCCCCCACUUCGAUCCUCCGUAUAAUCUUGUGUUUUGCAUCCC